ACACACACACUUUCUCACUGUCCCUAACAACUCACACUCGCGCUCCGAGGCUCGGCGUGUCUCUUUCAAUCCGUCCCUGUGAGAUGUUCAGUGCUGUAUAGUGGGUCAGUGGGAUUGUGCUGAAACUCGUGACAGCAGGUGCAAUGCGACUGCAUGUGAGCUGCCUGGUUUUGCUGCUCGGGCUGCAGUGUGUUUGGGCUCAGCAGGACGAUUAUGAGGAAGACUAUGAUGAAGAAGAAGAGGAAGAGAGGAACAUCAGAAGAAAAGCCAAAAGCAAAGUGCUCACCUCCAACCUCACACCAAAAACCAACGCUCAGUCACACAUAAAUGAAGACUGCAGUCUUGAGCUAGCAUUUUUGCUGGACAGCUCCGAAAGUGCCAAGGACAACCACGGCCAAGAGAAGCGAUUAGUCAGUGAGGUGGUUGAGCGCAUGCAGAACGUGAACCUCCAGAGUGGACGAAGCCUGAGCUUUAGAUCUGCACUCCUUCAGUACAGCAGUCACGUCAUUCCCGAGCAGACCUUCAGCCAGUGGAGGGGCGUGGCCAACUUCAAAGCCAACAUCGCACCCAUUUCCUACAUUGGGCAAGGCACGUACGUGACGUACGCCAUCACAAACCUCACACGCCUCUACCUGAACGAAUCAGGAACUGGAAGUGUCAAAGUGGCUGUGCUGCUCUAUGAUGGAGAGUCCCAUCCAAAGAAUCCAGACUUAUUUUCUGCUGUGGCUGAUGCCAAGAACCAAGGAGUUCGAUUUUUUGCCAUUGGUGUCACACCGGCUGCCAGAGAGACAUCCAAAAUGGCGCAGCUGAGGAUGCUGGCCAGUUCUCCACCAAUCCGCUACUUACACAACCUACAAGAUAAAGACAUCGUAAAGAAGAUCAUUAAAGAGCUGACGGCGUUGGCAGAUGAGGCGUGUCCUCUGGAGAAGAGAUGUACAUGUGAGAAAGGAGAGAAAGGACCAAGUGGGCCAGCUGGGAAAAGGGGUCGACCAGGAGAUGAUGGAAGUCCGGGGCCGAAAGGGCAGAAGGGUGAGAGCGGACUUCAAGGGCUGCCAGGGCAAAACGGCUCCGAGGGCAAACCGGGAAGUAGAGGAGAAAAGGGAGAGAGAGGUGAAUGCGGGAUGCCUGGUGUCAAAGGAGACAGAGGUCCUGAAGGUCCAGUGGGCAUCAGUGGAAACAGAGGACUGCAGGGUUUGCCUGGACCUAACGGUGACACCGGACCCCAGGGACCACCAGGACACAAAGGAGAGAGGGGCUUUCCUGGACCACCUGGACUUCAGGGUGAAACUGGAAUAGGUCUUGCUGGACCAAAGGGUGAGAUGGGACUUCAGGGCAGAGCUGGACCUCCCGGACCUCCAGGACUUGGAGAACCUGGCCUACCAGGGCCUCAGGGGCCACAGGGAGUGCAGGGAGAGAGAGGACCUCCAGGAGACGGAUUUCCUGGGCCAAAGGGAGAGAGAGGACCAGAGGGCCCGAGGGGACAGAGAGGACCAGCUGGACCUGGAAUUAAAGGAGACAAGGGUGACUAUGGAUCUCCUGGGUUACCUGGACCAACUGGGCUUCCUGGAUUAGGUGUACAAGGAGAAAAGGGUGUUGAGGGACCACGUGGACCGCCAGGAUUCAGAGGCCCACCAGGAGGAGGUUAUCCAGGACCGAAGGGUGAUCAAGGAUUACCAGGAGAAGUCGGAGCACCAGGAGGGAGUGGAGUGGGAGAACCAGGACCAAAGGGUGAACCAGGAGCUCCAGGGUUAUCAGGUUUACCGGGGUUACCUGGAGAGGAUGGCGCUCCUGGACAAAAGGGGGAGCCUGGGGUUCCAGGUUCGAGAGGGCCAGAGGGAGUGGCAGGUGUUGGAACACAGGGAGAAAAGGGAGAUCAGGGCCAGAGAGGAGUCCGAGGUUUAGCAGGACCUCCGGGAAUCACCGGACCGUCAGGAGCAAAGGGUGAACCAGGAGCACCAGGACGUCUCGGCUUACCAGGACCUCAAGGACGUGCAGUAAUUGGAGCAAAGGGUGAUGCAGGACCACCAGGUCCUCCAGGACCAAUGGGGGAGACAGGAUAUGGACUUCCUGGAACAAAGGGUGAUCGUGGAGAUGCAGGUCCUCCUGGUCCAUUUGGGCCAAAAGGAGAUGGCUACCCUGGUCCACCGGGUCCAUCUGGGCUUCCCGGGCUUCCUGGAGAGCCUGGUCCAGAGGGUUUGGGUCUCCCGGGACCAAAGGGUGAUAUUGGGUUUAGAGGUUUGCCAGGGCCACCAGGACCACCAGGAGAGGGACUUCAAGGACCACCAGGCAAUACAGGAAGGCCAGGACCUCCUGGUCCACUAGGACCCCCAGGGCAAGGGAUACAAGGGCCGAAGGGUGAGUUUGGAGCUCAGGGCUUGGUUGGGCCAAGGGGACCACCUGGAGAGGGUCUCCCAGGGUCAAAGGGUGAUCGUGGUGCUCAAGGGGAUAGAGGCCCGAAAGGGGUCAAAGGUGACACUGGGGACCCUGGAUCAUCAGGCCAACCAGGUCGACAGGGAGUGAAAGGAGAGUCAGGUCUGACGAGAGAAGACGUUAUCAGAAUGAUACGAGAAAUAUGCGGAUGCGGGAUUAAAUGUAAGGAGCGUCCAAUGGAGCUGGUCUUCGUGAUUGACAGCUCAGAGAGCGUUGGCCCUGAGAACUUUGAGAUCGUGAAGGACUUUGUGACGGCGCUGGUAGAGCGAGUGACGGUAGGAAAUGGUGCCACACGAGUCGGCCUUGUGCUCUACAGCCUGGAGGCUCGACUGGAGUUCGACCUCGCCAGAUACGCCACGAAGCGUGAUGUCAAACAUGCCGUGCGCAGGAUGACCUACAUGGGUGAGGGCACUUACACGGGCACAGCCAUCCGCAAAGCCACUCGUGAGGCCUUCCGCAGCUCUCGUUCUGGGGUCGCCAAGGUCAUUGUGGUCAUCACAGAUGGACAAACGGAUGAGCGCGACUCUGUCAAGCUGGAAAUCGCAGUGCGGGAGGCGCACGCUGCCAACACUGAGAUGUUUGCUCUGGGCAUCGUGAAUGCCAGUGAUCCAGCACAGGCCGAGUUUCUCCGGGAGCUCGAUCUCAUCGCCUCGGACCCUGAUAGUGAGCAUGUCUUUCAGAUAGAUGACUUUAAUACCCUACCAGCUCUGGAAUCCAAACUGGUCAGUCAGUUCUGCGAGGAUGAGAACGGUGAUAUAUUCAACCGCAUUAACGGCAAUGGAUACAAUAACCAUGCCAACCGCAUCAAUGGCCUCCUGUAUGGGUUUGAUAACAAUGGAAACCGCAUCAGCAAUGGUGGCUAUUAUCACGGAAACAACGUAGACCCAACACAUACCAGGACACAUUCUGGGACACAUUCUGGUACUUAUACACACACUGGAACUCACAGUGGGACACACAACAGUACUCACAGUGGGACACACACUGGAACGUACAGUGGGACACACACCAGAACUCACAGUGGGACACACUCCGGUACUCACAGUGGGACACACACUGGAACUCACAGUGGGACACACACCGGAACUCACAGUGGGACACACACUGUCUCAGUCAGUCAUGGAGGUGGAAGAGGUGACAGUCUUCCAGUACCUGUCACUCCAGGGGUACCACUCACCAUAGAUAUUCACACACAUGGCAGCUCAGAGCACAGCAACAGGGGAGAUGUUCCAUCACACAACAGACCAUCUACACACAGCAGACCUUCAUCAUCAUCAUCAUCAUCAUCAACUGUAAUCACGUCAUCCACUUCAGUGCAUUAUGUCCCUGCCCCACGACCUCCUUUACCUAAAGAAAUCGUACCCCUGGACCCACGCUGUGAGCUGGUCCUGGAUCAGGGUUCGUGUCGUGAUUAUAGCAUCCGCUGGUACUAUGACCGCAACGCCAACGCCUGUGCGCAGUUCUGGUAUGGAGGUUGUCAUGGCAACCGCAAUCGAUUUGAUACUGAGGACGAGUGCAAGAAGACCUGUGUGGUCCCACGAACAGGAGGAUGAGGAGCAUUGAGAAUGCUGAAAACAUGACAUUGACUGUUAUAAUAUCUGCAAUACCUCAUCUGUCAAUCUCCCUGAGAGAUGUGCAUGUAAAUGGCUUAAAUGUGUUUUUCAAAUUGUUAACACUCAUAAGCUCCACAGCUGUGAUUUGUUGUGUACAUACAUUAUAUCCUUAAGUACUGGACUGUUUUUACAGCAGCACCUGUAAUCAGAGAUCAGGUGCAGCUCUGAACCUCUGAGUGAACCAUCAGAACUGUGUUUAUUGCAUCAAACACCAAUACGAAAUUUGACUUGGUUGAUAAUUAUAGUUUAAGACCUUUUUUGAAUUUUCAAAUGCUUGUUCUAAUACAUUUGUAUUUUAUUUCUAUAUUAAGAACUCACACAGGGACUUUUAUGGUAUAUGCUCUACAUAAACAGACUUAAAAACCAUAUAACUGUUGAUAUAGCGAAGAAUUUCGUGUUAUUUAACAAAGAAAAAUGUUUAAACAUUUAUAUAGUUUACUGUGAGGAGAUGUUUAUUUAACAUUUAUGGAAGGAGUCUCCAGUGUCAGUGCUUUGUAAUAGUCGGAGGUUAAAGCUGUAAAUUGUAGGUUUUCUGCCCUGGGAAAGUCUUCAGGAAAGAGACUUUUGAGCUUUUCAGUUUCCUAAUGAUGCAUUGUUAGCAAAUUGCUGUUGUAUAAGAGGAAUAAAAGAUUUUGGGAUGUGAUGUUAUAGGAAAAUAAUCAACUUUGGGGUGAACUGCAUUUCAUCUGAGUACACCAUCGUUGAUUAUUUUCAUAUAACAACAGGCGACAAGUGUUUCUAUUCCUUACAUAAUUAGUACAUUGAGUUCUUAUGCAUUAUGUUAUUGUCACUGCUUUCAGUCAGUAAGGACAUUGAGUUUCAACUGGUGAAUUUUGGAAAAAUCUAAUUUGAUAAUUAGAUAUUGAUUUUUUUUUUUUUUUGCUAAAUGACAGGGAUAUUUAUAGUUCUUCUGUUUAUUGCAUUAUGACCUGCGUGUUAUGAUCUUCAGAAUAGCUGUGAACAAGUCAUGUUUCAUAAUUAACAUCUUACUUCCACUUAGUAUGUGUUUGAUUUGUGUCUGUAAUGUUGUUUGUAUUAUUCUAGCUUUCAUGCAGCAAACUUUUGUAAUAAAAAGGUUUACAAUCAUUAUCCAGAUCAGGGUCACAUUGGAUCUGAAGUCUAUCCCAGGUGAGAAUACACACUGGAUAGGAAGCCAGUCCAAAAGACAACAACUUCAUGUCAUGGCAUCCAGGAGGUCGGAUACAAUUGCAUAAUUUCUUAAUAACACUAUAACUGAAAAAAACAAGCAAAGGAUGGAAAAGGAAGCAAAAACUGGAACAACUAAAACAAGGAACUAGACUAAGGCUAGGCAAGGCAAAGAAAUGAAAACUCAACAUGAAAAAAUCACUCAUGGUGGAAAUAUACCACCUAUGCACAAACGUACAAUGCUUGACAACUAAGGAGGGAAAACACAGAACUUAAAUAGGGAACUAAUAGAGUUCCAUAGGAAUGAGUCCUAAAACCCGGAAAUGAGUUGGCAUUUUUAUACUUUUUACUUCUAGCAAUUGUGUUUAGGCUUCAAAAUUCAUAAAAGUUGUGUUCAUAUGUGUAGAAUAUCUUGAUGUACAAAAUGUGUAAGAAUCAUAAACUUUUGUUUAUUUUCUGCAAUAAUCCAAAAGCCAAUGGAAAAAUCCUAUUGGCUUUUUGUUGAGGGAGCCAGGGUGAUGCUAACUUCCGGGUUGGCCUACAAAAAUAUGUCAUCCUUGUGGUGUUCUAUUGGGGAAACACAAAACAGGUGAGCACAAUCAAGGAAGGAAAUGGAGCAGACAACAAAAGAAGAAAUGCAAAAAAUGACUGAGGUGUGCUGUCUGGUGGUCUGGGGAGGAAUUGUCCAUGGUGGACAUGACACUUUAAUUCAUUUCCUCUAUAACCCUCCUUUCACACACUGUCACUUGUAGUUUGUCAGCGUGCACUGUCCAGCAUUUUAGCUCCAAUGAGAAACAAUAGUACUUACAUAGAAUUUCUAAAUCUAAUUAGUUAAAUAUGAAUUAAAUAAUUCACUAAUCAGUGGAAAUUGGUUGUUUGAUUUACAUUAUGUACUACGCUUUGUACUAUCUUCGUUGGCAGAUUAGUAAAGCAGGCUAAUUCUGCUAGCUUGUACAUUAACCAAAGGUGCCAACAAUCUCUGCUACUUCCUUCCAAGCUUUAUUUUAUUUAUGUAAUAUCUCUAUACACAUUUAAUGAGGUCAUAUGACAGAAUAAAAUGAAAAGACUGUUAUAUACUUUAGUAAAUGGGAACUAAUUGCAAGGAGGAAUUGUGAGUGUGGAUGAAUGGUCACCUUUCGCUUUGUCAUUCGGUAGUGUGUACUUAGGGUGAAUAUGUAAAUGUUCAUAGCAUAUAAACAAAUCUAACCCUGCCAUAAUGGAGGAAUAAUCCCAUAAAAUGCCGCAACAUGAUGUCACACAUCACAUAUCUAUACUCUUUUAAACUAGGUGUCAUUAUCUGAGCUGUGUGUAUGAGUGAGAGACUGACCCCCCUUCUGUCUUAGACCAGCUUCGGUUACACCACCUACCCACCCACCCCCCAACACACACACAUACACACACACACACACACACACACACA